AUGAGAUCAUGCAAGAUAAAUAAGAAAGGAGAGUAUAAAAAAAACAUAAAUUAUAAAAAGGGGAAGGGAACCAAGAUUAUCAAAUAUUUAUUGUCAAAUUUGACAAAGUUUACUUAAAUAGUAUAGACUAUUUACUAUUUUAUAAUCAAGGCUUCUAAUAAAAAUAUUGGAUAACAUAAAAUCACCACUGAAAUCUAUCAUAAAAUUACAUAUUUAAUUUACAUGAUAUUAUGGUUAAAUGAUGAGAAAGAGAUGCUGAAUUCAGAUUCCAUUUAAUAAAUGUGUUUAGAAUUAUGCUAUAUUCACUAUAAAUUUACAAUAAAUCUUAUUAUUACACUUCAAUAUGCUGGCAUUCUCGAAUCUAAUACACUAUAUUAAAUAAUUAACAAUAUCAAUGUUAUUGCUUAUGGAUAUGAUUAUAACAUUUAAAUUAAGGACAUUUACUUUGAUAAGAAUGAGAAUUUAUUGAAUACAGCAUAUAUAUUUUCAAAUUUAAAUUAGAGAUAAGUUUAGUUAAAAUUAGUCUUUUACAAAUUCUAUGAAACAAGUUUAAGUAUUUUAUUCGAAGUGCCUAAUAUACAAAUAGAGAGUAAAUUCUAUUUAUAGAUGCUAAAAUUCUAAUUAGAAACAUCAAUUUCCCUUGUCCUUUCCUUUUAAGAUUACUAUCCUAAAUUUAUUUUCUAUUUCAGAUUAGCAAGAGAUCCAGAGAUAAUAAGUUUAAUGCAGUAAUGUAUCGUCAUAGUGAUUUCGUUGAAUUAAGAUCCUCAAAUAAUUAAAUAACUGUUUGAAACAUUAAGUCAACAUUAAUCAACAAUUUUAAUGAAUGAUUUGGAUGACUUGUAAUUAGAUGCUUAUGAUUAGGACGAAAUUAAAUAAACUUAUAAAAUGGCGAAUUUAUCACUUCAUAGAAUUCCUUUGCUAUAAUGCAACUAUAGUCUUUUAAUAUAAUUAGUAGAUGAUAAAGAUUAUUACAUUAAAGUUUUCAAAAUAAUUAUAGAGAUAUUUUAACUAGUUUACUAAAAGUGGUCAUAAUUGAAAGAAUAAUCAAAUCUCCUUUAUUUUUAAGGCGGCACAUCAUCUCUUUAGAUGCAUUCUCUCCUAAUCCUAUUUCAAUACUUGAAGGAAAAAUGAGAAUAAAAAUUGUUAUUUCAGAGAAUGAAAGUUCCAAACUUUAAGACCUAGAUCAAAUGAAAUUAGGAUUAUUUCUAGAUAAUUUUGAAUAUGCUGAAAAAUUAACCAUUUUUACUUUAUAUUUUUCAAAAAAUCAAGAAAUUCAAUUUGCUACUUGUAAGCUAAAGAAAUUUAUUAUCAUUUAUAAAGAAGAUGAAUUCUAUUAGGAAUAAGAUUACCUAACUAAUCUAGACUUGACAUCUUGGUUUAAUAUAGAUUUUUAAUUAAAAAACAAUUAAAAUCUAAUGAUUUAAAUUAACGAAUAGAAUUUAAUAUUUUAAGUGUAAUAACAAGAUAAUUAACAACUCCAAUUUUCUAAGUUCAUUUUUGGAGUUAAAAUGAAUGAUCAAUUAUAGGAAACAAAUGAGGAUUUCAAUAAUUCAAUUGAACUAUUAGAUUAAUACUCAUUUGAGGGAAUAGUAUCAGAAUUUUAUUUAAUUAUCAAUAACUCUAAGAUCUAAUUUGAACAAAUUAAAAAAUCAAAUUCAAAGCGAUAAACACUGAAAUUUAUUAAUUAAGAAGUCUUAAAUUAAAAUUAGUUGAAAUUCGAUUAGUUAUUUUCGAUUUCACCAGUUAUGCAAAAUGAAUGCACAAUAUGUUGUCAGAAUGUCUAUAAAUUAGAUAUAAAAAAAGGAACUAAUUUCAUCCAAAAGUGCGGAGGAUUCAACAUCUUUAAUAUGAUUUUAGAUUUAUUAUAUACUGUCUGUGAAAAUAUAAAUGCAAGAGAUUCUGAAAAAAUUAUCAUUUUGGUAUUGAAAAUAUUUUAAGAAAAUAUAUUAAUGUACGAUUCUAAAGUGAAUAGUUUUUUUAAAUCCUAAAAUCUAUAAAACAUCGAAGAGAAUUGCAAAAGAUGGAUAAAUAUAAAUUAAAUGAUUUCAAAUGAAUUCAUCAUUUAAUUACUAUCAAUUUAUACGAAACUAUAAAAUGAGUAAGAAUCCUUUUUGUUUCUCGUUACUAUAAUUAAAAUAUUAGACAAUAAGUUCACUACCUUUGAUUAAAUAAAGCUCAUAAGUACAAGUAGAAUAAUUCAGAAAUUGACAACUCCAUAGUGUUUAAGAAAAUUCAUGAACAUCCAAUUGUAUUAUGAAAGUAGAUAUUUAUUUGCUUAAGUGUCAAUGGAAAUAAGUUAAGCCUUUCUUAAAAUUGAAGAAAAAAAUCUGUUUUCAUAUUCCUUAUUUAAAUGCAUUCAAUAUCAAGGAGUUGUGAUGAUACCAUAAAUUAAUCCCAUCACAAUUUUUUUUAAUUUAUUAGUGAGCUAAAAAUGCUUUAAUUUAUUCACUUUAGAUAUAUUGUAAAUAAUAGAUAUUUUAAUAGAAGAUAGAAUGAAAUAAAAAAUUAACAUAAGAAUUGAGGAAGAGACCACUUUAAACAGUUUUAAAAUAAAGAUUUUUUAAAUUUUAAAGAAGUAAUAGAAAUAAUUUAGGAGCAAUCAAUCAUUUAUUUAUGAAUUUGAAACAAUUGAUAAACUUUAUGAAUUGACAUUUUCCAUUUAUUUAUCAUUAGUUUAAUAAUUAAGAUAUAAUUCUAAAGAAAAUCGAGAAUUGGAUUCAUUAUAAAUUUAUUUUGAUUAUUUCUUAAAGAAAAGAAUUGAGGUUGGAUCAUAAUUAAUUUCAAAAGUGCUAACCUUAAUUAAUUAAUUUGAGGAGGAUGCACUAUUAAUAAAGCUACUCUUAAGGUUUUAGAGUUAAUUGAUUUUAAAUCUAUUAAUAAAGGAGUCAGUUAAGAUUACUAUAAUAAUUUGGUAUUUGGAUAUAUUUAAAAAUGCUGCUCUAAAAAAAUAGAGUUUGAACAUUUUAAUUUUAAAUCUAUUAAAAUUAUCAAAUUUUCCUUUGUUGAUGAAACAACUUAUGACUAUUUCUUUAGAGAACAAGCAAAAAUCUUUAGAUUUAUUCACAUAUUUAAUUAUAUAUCUUAUAGAAGUGUAUCCAAAUUUGACUAGCGAGCUCUUAUAUGAAGUGCAUAUUAAAAGCUAAAUACUUAGUAAUAAUAGUUUUAAUUCAUAUCUAUAAGUAGUUUACCACACAACAAUUUCAUUUUAUGCUCUGAAAUAAGUGCAGUAAUUUCAAGGUAAAGAGGAUGAGAGUAAAUUAGUAAAUAUCAUAGUUCUAUAUAUGCAUAUUGAAUAAUGUAUUGGAGAAAUAUCAAAUCUUUAAAUUGUUGAUUGGAACAAUUACUCUUAGAUAAUGGAAAAGGGCCUUGAUUUAUUUAAUUAUUUAGGAAUCUUAUUUUAUGAUCAUGAUUAUUUCAUUCCGAAUUUUGAAGAUACUUUUAACUUAGAAUAAAUUAAAGAAGAUCAUCAUAAACUGAAAAAGUAAAAUAAUAAAAUUCUACCUAAUGGAGGCAUUAAAAGAUUAAUGCAAUAAUUAAUUGCACCUUUUGUGAAGAUUCCUUAAAUGAUUAAGCCAAUAAGGAAUUAUUUAUCGAAAAAUAAAUAUAGCAUAGAAGGUAGAAUUGAUUCAUAAAGUUACCAAAGAAUUUAACAAUUUAUUGAUCAAGAAUUCUCAGUUUAUCUAUUUAUAACAAAGAAAUAAUAUAGAUAACAGUUAGCAAUAAUGUUGCAUAAUGCAGAUAAUAAUUUAGGGAGAAUGAGAAUCAAGGAAAAAGGAUCUAAAUUAGUUAAGCAUUCUAAAUUUUAUAAACUAUUAGUUUAUUAUGCUUUAUUUGAAAAUAACUCACUUAAUGAAAAUUAAAUAGAUAAGUAAAAUUUAAAACACUAAGAUGAACUCUAAGAAAUACUUGGACUAUGUAAAUUGACCAAAAUUAUGGAUUGGCAAAAUGUGGAUCCUAAUUAAAUUUAAUGCUUUUUUCAUCAACACAAAGAAUCUUAAGGAUAAAUAUUGAAGGCUUUUAAUAAACUUAAUACACUAAAGUUGCAGGCUUAAUCGAAUUAAAAAUCAAUAAUAGGCACACAUGAUUUAUCAUAAAUAGAUUUAUCCAAUAAUCAAUUAGCAAGUUCAAUUCGAGUAAGCAUAUUUAUGGAUAUUAUAAUUUACUAUCAAUUAAUUCAUAAAUUUUGGGUGUUGUAUCCUAUAAUAAUGGAUCCAUAAGAGAAACAAAAGACAUAAAGUAAAUUAUUAGAAUAUCUAAAAUCAAAUUCUCUAACUUAAUUUGAAUAUACUUAAAAGGAAAAUUAAAGGACACAUAGUACNUGACUAUUUCUUUAGAGAACAAGCAAAAAUCUUUAGAUUUAUUCACAUAUUUAAUUAUAUAUCUUAUAGAAGUGUAUCCAAAUUUGACUAGCGAGCUCUUAUAUGAAGUGCAUAUUAAAAGCUAAAUACUUAGUAAUAAUAGUUUUAAUUCAUAUCUAUAAGUAGUUUACCACACAACAAUUUCAUUUUAUGCUCUGAAAUAAGUGCAGUAAUUUCAAGGUAAAGAGGAUGAGAGUAAAUUAGUAAAUAUCAUAGUUCUAUAUAUGCAUAUUGAAUAAUGUAUUGGAGAAAUAUCAAAUCUUUAAAUUGUUGAUUGGAACAAUUACUCUUAGAUAAUGGAAAAGGGCCUUGAUUUAUUUAAUUAUUUAGGAAUCUUAUUUUAUGAUCAUGAUUAUUUCAUUCCGAAUUUUGAAGAUACUUUUAACUUAGAAUAAAUUAAAGAAGAUCAUCAUAAACUGAAAAAGUAAAAUAAUAAAAUUCUACCUAAUGGAGGCAUUAAAAGAUUAAUGCAAUAAUUAAUUGCACCUUUUGUGAAGAUUCCUUAAAUGAUUAAGCCAAUAAGGAAUUAUUUAUCGAAAAAUAAAUAUAGCAUAGAAGGUAGAAUUGAUUCAUAAAGUUACCAAAGAAUUUAACAAUUUAUUGAUCAAGAAUUCUCAGUUUAUCUAUUUAUAACAAAGAAAUAAUAUAGAUAACAGUUAGCAAUAAUGUUGCAUAAUGCAGAUAAUAAUUUAGGGAGAAUGAGAAUCAAGGAAAAAGGAUCUAAAUUAGUUAAGCAUUCUAAAUUUUAUAAACUAUUAGUUUAUUAUGCUUUAUUUGAAAAUAACUCACUUAAUGAAAAUUAAAUAGAUAAGUAAAAUUUAAAACACUAAGAUGAACUCUAAGAAAUACUUGGACUAUGUAAAUUGACCAAAAUUAUGGAUUGGCAAAAUGUGGAUCCUAAUUAAAUUUAAUGCUUUUUUCAUCAACACAAAGAAUCUUAAGGAUAAAUAUUGAAGGCUUUUAAUAAACUUAAUACACUAAAGUUGCAGGCUUAAUCGAAUUAAAAAUCAAUAAUAGGCACACAUGAUUUAUCAUAAAUAGAUUUAUCCAAUAAUCAAUUAGCAAGUUCAAUUCGAGUAAGCAUAUUUAUGGAUAUUAUAAUUUACUAUCAAUUAAUUCAUAAAUUUUGGGUGUUGUAUCCUAUAAUAAUGGAUCCAUAAGAGAAACAAAAGACAUAAAGUAAAUUAUUAGAAUAUCUAAAAUCAAAUUCUCUAACUUAAUUUGAAUAUACUUAAAAGGAAAAUUAAAGGACACAUAGUACGGUUGAAGACUAAAGAUAGUAAUUGUUUAGUUGUUAAGUUGAAGAUUAGUUAUAAUUACUUUUGUAAAAAUUAAACAAUUUUAUUUUCGAUAAAAAAUUUAAUUUUAAAGUUUUUGAGACUAGGCAAUGGAAAUGGGUAGUUGAUUUGUAAGACUUCACAAGAAAACAACCAUUUUUAUAAAUAACUAAAAUUAAAUAAUUAUAUUGUUCAUAAGAGGAAAGAGAUAAUUAAUUUGAUUAAUAAUAAUUUUAUCAAACUUAAAUAAGAUCAUCAAUUAAAAAAGAAUAAGUUAUACAAAAUAAAGUCAAUAAUGCAAUUAUUAAUCUUCAAAAAGGAUCACCAGAAAACAAUCAGGUAGGGACUACUAGAUAUAACUGUGAAUAUAUAACUUAUCAAGGGGCUUAUUAAGGAAUGUUGAUAUUUAAUGAAAUAAAUUACUCUAUUCAGUUUUAACAAUAAGAAUUAGAAUCAGAAGAAAUAUUUUCGAGUUCACAAGUGAUUUAGACAACAUAGGACAUGUUCCUUGAAAUUACUCUCGAUAGAAUAGUUAAUGUGCACCCAAGGAGGUUUUUAUUAAUGGAAAUUGCUAUUGAGAUAUUUAUUGAUAGAUAGAAUUACUUCUUCAAUUUAUUCAAAAAUUAAGAAUAAUAAUUACUAAUGUAAGAAUUUAGAAAGAAGAAAGUUUAAGUAAUUGAUCCAAAAUAAGAAUUUAAGAAAAUGAAUUAUUAAGAGAAAUGGGUAGAAGGCUAAUUAUCAAACUUUCACUAUUUAAUGUUAGUGAACAUUUUUUCAGGAAGAACUUGCAACGAUUUAAGUUAGUAUUUUGUAUUUCCUUGGGUUAUUUAAAACUAUAAGUCUAAUAAAAUUGCUUUCUCUUCAAUAGAAGGAUCAGAUACACUUAGGGAUCUCAAAUUACCAAUAGGUGCAAUUGUGCAGAAUCCUGAAUAAAUAAUUAAAGAUUAUAAAGAGAGAGAAAUAACAUCUUCUAAUGGUAACUAUCAACAUAAGCACCAUUAUUCAAAUGCUUAAACAGUUCUCAAAUAUUUGAUAAGAUUGAACCCUUCAAAAUUGAUAGAAGAAAUUAGUAUGUCUGAUAGACUAUUUUCAAGUAUAGAAAAUUUAUGGGAUAAUAGUAUAAAGUAUGAUAAUAAGGAAUUGAUUCCAGAAUUUUACUAUAUGCCUGAAUUUCUAAGGAAUAUGUAUUUGUAUGAUUAUAUCUAGUAAUUUACUUCCUUUUGAGACAUUACAAUAACAGUCAAGAAUCCCUGUUGUAGAAUUGCCAAAAUGGGUUAAGACAUAGACAGCUGAAGAGUUUGUUUAUAUAAUGAGGCUAGCACUUGAGAGUGAUAAAGUAUCUACUGAAUUGAAUCACUGGAUCGAUUUGAUAUUCGGAAAUAAAAAUAAUGGAUAAAACGCAGUCGAUAAUGCAAAUAUGUUUCAUUAUCUAACAUACUAAGAAAAUUUGAAUACUUUGUUGAAUUAAAUCAAUGACAACUUAGCCAUUUAAUCAUAUUUAACUAAAAUUUAAGAUAUUGGUUAAACACCUAAGUAAUUAUUCUAAAAGAAUCAUAAAAAGAGGAAAUAUGGUUUGUAGGUAUUUACAAAUGAGAUCCCUUAUUUUUGCAAUAAUCUGAAAAAAAACAACAAGUUGUAUGUCUUUAAGUAAUUUGAAGAGAUGAAAGAAUAAUGCAAAUCGUAAAUUUUAGGGUUUUAUCCCUAUUCAAAAAAAUGCAUUUAUAUUUUGAAGUCUAAUGAUGAGACAUACAAUCAUCUAACAUUAUUGGAGACUAAGCAUUUCUAAGAUUAUCUUGAUUUUUAUCCUUAGAUCGAACUUAAGCAGAAAGUUCAAUUGCCUGAGCUAAAGAUAGAUGGGUGCAAUCCUUAAAAUAUAUUCAGUUUCAUUUAUGAAUAGUAGUUUGAUUUUGGGGAUGGUUAUGACUCUUAGUAUUAUAGUGUUUUUGAGGGGAAAUAGAAUUACAAUUUGUAUUUAUGUUUGGUAGGAUUCCUUGAUGAUAACAUUAAAAUCUAUGAUUUAAGGAAUAAUAUGAAGAAACUUAAGAUAAAUUUUCCAUCCUAGGACUUAAAGAGAUAAAAAAGAGCAUCAUGCAUUAGAUAUCAUGCAGCUUCAAAGAUUUUAGCCAUAGGUUCAUUAGAUGGCUUACUUUAAUUAUUUUAAAUCCAAUUCAACCAAUAGUUAGAAGUUAAGGCAGUCUUUACUAAGUAAUUAGAGAAUGGAAUUUUAUGUAUAGACUUAACAGAUCUUCUUAUUUUAACAGUAGACUAUAAGAAUAUUGCAAAUCUAUUGAGUUUAGAAGGAAAGUAAUAUAUCAUAGAUAUAAUAGUGUAUUACUUACAAUUUAUAUAGAUAACUCAGAUAAGUUCUGGCAAUGUUGCAUUUAAAUGUAUUUUCUAGUAUUUAAGAGUGUAAAAUCCUAAAUUUACAUAUUUACGAUGAAUGGAGAAUAAUAUCUGCAGACUGUGAACUUACUCGAUAGAACUUCUUCUAAAAACAUUUUGUUCACAACUCCCUUCUCAUCUAAAUUUGUAUGACAUAAAAGUUAUAAUCUUAGUUGUUGUAUUCCUUAAAUCAAAACGGAGAAGAAAAUUGGCCUUAGUUUGUACCUGUCAUUCAUUAUAUCGAUAUAUUUGAUUUAAAGUUAAAGGGGAUGUCAAACUUUAACAGCUUAUUGGUCAAUAAUCAAAUAGUUGUGAAUAAGGGAAACUUAAAAGGAAGUGGAAUAUCUGCUCUCCAUAUAAGUUUUAUGAGAUGUAAAAUAGAUAAAUAGAAAAAGAUUAAACAUAUUUAUUUGAUUGCUGUUGAUAAUCAAAUCUUAUAAUACAUGGAUGAACAUUACGGUAGGAUUUUAUGUUAUGAUAAUAGAUUAUUUAACGAUGCUGAGAUAUAAAUUGAAGUAAGGAGGAGUUUGA